CGCGAUCUCCAGCCGCUCUACGCUCCAACCGUCCCGUUUGGCGCGCGUCCUGACCGGCGCCGUCAUGCUCCCAAGACCGCGACAAUAAUCAAUCCACGCAUCUCUUGCGACAUCCGUUACCCUGCGUGGUCCUCCCUUGGACUAUGACGGACAAGCCAGCUCCGCUGUCGACGCAAGCCGCAGUUCCCAGUCCGGCCAACCACCUCGCGCCCGUGGGCCCAACCGCCCCCGAUCAUGUCGCUCACAAGAUCGAGGCGCCAGAGGAAGAGCCGUACACCAUCAAGUGUAUCUGCAACUUCUCCGACGAUGACGGAAACACAAUAUACUGCGAGACGUGCGACACAUGGCAGCACAUCGACUGCUUCUACCCCGAGAACAGGGAGGAGGCCAUUCGAGAGGACUUUUCUCAUUCGUGUGCCGACUGCCAGCCCCGACCGCUGAAUCGCCAAAAGGCCAUUGAACGCACCCUGGGGCUGAGGCCUUCAAUCGUGGAGCCGGAGAGCAUCGACAAGAAACCGAAGCGACUCCCCUCCAAGAGCCACAAGAAGAAGAAGCCCAGCGAUGCUCAUUUUAAUGGGACUCAUGGCCCUUUGGAAGGCAGCAAGCACGGCCACAAUGGCGACCACCACCCUACUCCUGCCAAGAAGUCAAAAACCUCUCAUCGACCCUCCUUGUCCGUGAGCUCCCAGCCUUCCAAGCGAAGCCCUUCUUAUGGGAACAACAACCGGACGAAUCCCACACAUCCACCGAGUCCUGCCACCACUCCUCCCGACCUCCCUGACGAUUUUACAAUUCACCACUACUCCGAGGGCUUCUGCUCUCUCUACAACGAUGUACCCGACAGACAAAAUAAUGGCUUUGCCAGUCUCGCCAUUCCUACCGCCUUGAUGCGAUGGCUGGAUUCGUCCUCUGCGCUGGAAAAGGAAGUCGGCCGGAGACGCUCCGAGAUCUUCCAAGACGCCCUGCCCGCCCUCGAGAGAAAACGUCCAAAGCUCGAGGUCAAGGAUGCCACUCAGUCGCUCGACAACGGUACCACCCUUCGAUGGCGGUCUCUCAAAUCGACAUCCUCGAUCGAAAAGGAUGUGCCUCUCAUCGAAUUAAAUGGCGAGAUUGGCUUUCAAAAAGAUUAUUGCGCCGAAGGCGAUAAUCUGUGGGGCGAUAUUUCAUCCCCUCUCCCCUUUGUCUUCUUCCAUCCCAUCCUACCGCUUUACAUCGACACGAGGAAAGAGGGCUCUAUAGCCCGCUUCGCCCGACGGAGCUGCAAGCCCAACGCUCAACUAGACACUUUCCUCACCGGCGGAUCAGAAUACCAUUUCUGGCUGGUCAGCGACCGGUACAUACCCCCCAACGAGCAGAUUACCCUGCCGUGGGACUUUCGCCUGGAAAAAAGCGUCUGCCAGCGCUGGCUACACCUGUUGGGCCUCAGCGAUGACGAUAGCGCCGUGCAAGACGAGUUUGAGCUAGACGAAUCUGAAUACACGGCCAUCUCUAAUUGGAUCGACCGGAUAUUGUCAGAAUAUGGAGGCUGCGCGUGCGAUCAGGAUAAUAACUGUGCCUUCGCCCGCUUCCAUCGACACUAUCUCUACGGCAAGAGCCAAUCUCGCGGCAUCAGGAAAAGAUCGCGUAAUAAGAAGGCCCAUACCAUUUCUCCCACCAGCACCGGUCAUGCCACGAAUAGUCGUGCCGCUAGUGAAGGUCACCUCGACGACCAGGCCGACCGCGAAGGUCGGGAUGGUCGGGAAGGUCGAGAAGGAUCGGUUGCAGCGCGGAGUAAGCCCUCUAGUAGAGACAGGACUCCGCUGCGCCAAGGCUCCUUUGAUCAGCUAGGAAUAUUGACGGAGCCUACAGAUCGCGAUAAGCGCAAGGUAGCAAUGGUAGAAGACUCCUUCCGGCGUAUGGAGCAGGAACAGCAGCAGCCUCCGAGGAAGAAGAAGAGACUAUCAGACGGAACGACUGUAUCGACAUCAUCCAAGACGAAAUCAAGGACCGGCUCUACCCCCCAUAUUGGUAGCUAUGCCGACGCCGGCACCACUGCCAGGAGCAAAUCCGGCUCCCCCGCCAGCUCCAGAUCGCCGAAUCUUGGGACCCAAUCCAAGUCGUCAGUUUCACACCGAGAACCGUCAGAAGCAGCACACAGGCAAUCCUCGGCAUCGCCUCGCCCCCUCUACUGCGAUAUGGGUAUUCAGACCGACCCAGUAGAAGACGAGUGGUUCAGCGCAUUACAAAACAUGCCAUGCCGCAAGAAGAAGAUCAUUCCGCUUUCCAAGCGACUUCUCAACAGCCGGUACAAAGCACGUGCUGAAGAGAACCGAAAGCGGUCAACGCCCUCGCGCCCUUCGAGCGUCGAUGCAAUGGACGAGCCGCCUGCUACAGAAGAACCAUUUGCCAAGGAGCAGCCUGCUAAAGAAGAGCCCGCCAAAGAGGAGCCUACCAAGGAACCUACCAAGGAGCCUACCAAAACGGAGCCUACCAAAGAGCUUCCUACCAAGGAGCUUCCUACCAAGGAACUUAUCAAAGAGGCUCAGACUAUCCCCAUGAAGAUCAAGGCCCCAGAGUUGAGAGUCCAAAUGCCUACCGCUUCCGUGCUAGAUUCUUCAACAGCUCCUCCAACGACCACCACACCUUCAUCUGCAACCAGCUCUGUUGUGCAAUCGGCAAUUCUCUCUGGCAGUCUACCGAGUCCAUUCGGCUCAGCUGUCAAUGGGGCAGUGGCCACUCCCAGUCCAAUCAAGAAAAAAUUAAGCCUUAGUGACUACAAGAGCAGGAUGAGCAAGGCCGCUGCAAAGCCUUCACUCAGCCUCAUCUCUACAAAGUCGAGUCUCUCUGAGGCAGACGAGAUCAAGCUGGAGAAUCCCAUAGAGCCAGCAGCUAUCGAAAAGGUUGAGAGCGCAGUGGCCCCCUCCGCUCCGGCGGCCACCACUAACGGGCACGCAUAAACCAUGAAAGACAAAAGUGUUAUAUGUACUAUUCCAUGUUGUUACAACCCAGAAUAUGCGAUUGAACGUGUACUGCGUUCAAACAAGAUGAAAAAGAAUUACUGCGGCAAGCCUAAAAAAGGGCUGGAGUUUGUGCAAUUUUUAUAUAAGGCAAAUGGGCUUCUCGGACGUUGCUCACUGCUACUUCUCUCUUGUUCUAUUUUUUUUUCUCGGUUCUAUUUAUAGGCGUUCAAGGGGGGAAAGGGAAGAUUGGAAUUGAGAUUUGGCGCCUAGGAAGAUUCCAAGCCGCAAGGCCGACGCAAGGAGUUCACCCGUUAUCUUGAAUCCUUGAUCCGGCCUGGCUUUUGGAGGUUACACUGGUCAAGGGAGCGAGUCAAAAGGCAUCUUUCGCAAUGCAACGCUCCGGAUAUACACAAAAAUGGAGUCUGCUGGACAUUAGGGCCCGGGGAAUAUUUUCCUGCUCUUUUUUUUUUUUUUUAUCAUAUUUUCUUUUUAUUUCUUUUUUCAAGAGGAGGGGCGUGCUAUUUCAGGACAUAGCUGAUUUUCUCCCACCACAUUUUUUUUUUUUUUAAGAAAAAAACCUAGGACUUAUUUUGGAGUCCUGUGUACUUUUAUCACUAUUAUGAUUUUUAACUGGAUGAGUGGAAGGAUGGGAGGGAAAGGGUUUAGGCCUGAUAGGAUUGACGGCCGAAUUGCCCUUUGGUUUUUGGGUGGUUUUUGGGCUGAGACGACGACAUGUGAAAUAAUUGAUGCAGAUGUUUCGCUUUUUUUUUUCACGCUUGGGUUUUUGAACAACGCUUGUUCCUGUGACAGAGAGUUACAAUAGGUAUUUUUUUUUCCUCCAAGAAAUCGAGUUCAAAGUAUGAGAUAGUCAGAUAGAACUAUUUGAACAAAAAACCACACGAGUCUUUUGGACGAGA